GAUUGCCCAGUUUGGUAGGUUGGGGCUUGAUGUCUGAAGCCCACAUCAUUGCAUAUGAUUAUUGCUUCCACAAAAAGAACUUCAAAGGUCCUGCCUUGGUCACCUGGCACAGAUCUCUCUGCCUGCCCAGAAAGGCUACUGGUUCAUCCUGCUCACCCACCAGGAACCGCAUCUGGGCCUCCAGUUCCCCAUUAACUCUCCCACCGGGCAAAGGAAGACGUAGUCUCCAAGACUAGGAAGCAGCAGUGACCUUCACCCACCUCUUGGCUGUUUAAUAAUUGACUUGUUAAUCCAGGCUAAUAAAUCCCAAGAGCCGGCGUAUUAAAGGCCUGCAGUUUCUUGGCUGAGCCUCACACUUGCAGGCUCCCUUCUGGCAUCCUCAGCCAUGGCCAAAGGCUUCUUCAUCAGCAAGACUUUGGGUAUAGUCGGCAUUGUCCUUGGGGCUGCUGCUGUGGCCACCAUCAUUGCCCUUGCAGUGGUCUACGCACAGGAAAAGUCCAGCAAUGCCCUGACGACCGCCACCACCACCACCGCCGCCCCUGCCACCACCGCCAAGCCAAACAAUCCCUGGAACCGUCUGCGGUUGCCCAACACCCUGAAGCCCGAGAACUACACGGUCACCCUGCAGCCCUUCUUGGCUAAGGACAGCCAGGGCCUUUACAUCUUCAAAGGCAACAGCACCGUGCGGUUUCAAUGCGUGGAGCCCACAGACCUCAUUCUCAUCCACAGCAAAAAGCUGAACUACACUGAUCAGGGGCCGUUCCUGGUCUCUCUGUCGGGGGUGGAUGGUGCCACCGCACCUGCCAUCACUGCGACGUGGACGCAGGAGGACACACAGUACCUGGUGGUGCAGCUCGAUGGGCCUCUCCAACAGGAUCAAUUCUAUGAAUUGCACAGCAUCUUCCAGGGGGAACUGGCGGAUGAUCUGGCCGGCUUCUACCUCAGCAAAUAUGAGGAGGAUGGACAGCCCAAGGUGCUGGCCACAACCCAGAUGCAAGCAGCUGAUGCCCGAAAGGCCUUCCCCUGCUUUGACGAGCCUGCCAUGAAGGCCAAUUUCUCCGUUGUGCUGAUCCACUGGUCUGACCACGAGGCUCUCUCCAACAUGCUUGUGGAGAGCACUCAGCAGAUGAUACUGGAGGAUGGAAAGUCUUGGAACAGGACAGUGUUUUAUCCCACCGUCAAGAUGUCCACCUACUUGCUUGCUUUCAUUGUCAGUCAGUUCACGCCUGUGCAAGACCACCAGAACACGAGCACAUUGAUCCGGAUUUGGGGCCGUCCCAAAGCCAUGGCAGAGGGCCAUGGUGAUUACGCCCUCAACGUCACUGGGCCCAUCCUCCGGUUCUUUGAGGAACACUACAACACGUCGUAUCCUCUUAGCAAAGCAGACCAGGUUGCCCUCCCAGAUUUUAACGCUGGGGCCAUGGAGAACUGGGGGCUGGUGACGUACCGAGAGAACUCGCUGCUCUUUGACCCCCUCUUCUCUUCCAUCGGCAACAAGGAGCGGGUGCUGACCGUCAUCGCUCACGAACUGGCCCACCAGUGGUUUGGGAACCUGGUGACCCUCCGUUGGUGGAAUGACCUGUGGCUGAACGAGGGCUUUGCAUCCUACGUGGAAUACCUUGGUGCUGAUGCGGCUGAGCCCCAGUGGAACAUUAAAGACCUGAUAGUAUCGUCCGAGAUGUACCGUGUGAUGGCCAUCGACGCACUGGCUUCCUCGCAUCCACUGUCUUUCCCCGAAGAUGAGAUCAACACCCCAGCACAAAUCAGCGAAGUGUUUGACUCCAUUGCCUACAGCAAGGGGGCAUCAGUGCUGCGCAUGCUGUCAGAAUUCCUGACUGAGGAGCGGUUCAAGAGAGGGGUAGCGUCGUACCUUCACGCCUUCGCAUAUGGAAACACCAUCUACGCCGACCUCUGGAAUCACCUGCAAAUGGUGGUAGACAAUGACAGCAGCUUUACGCUCCCUGAUGAUGUCAAGACCAUCAUGGACCGCUGGAUCUUGCAGAUGGGCUUUCCUGUGCUGACUGUACAUACUUCUACUGGGGAUAUCACCCAGCAGCAUUUCCUGCUGGACCCGAACACUACUGUUGAGCGACCCUCAACAUUUGACUACACCUGGAUAGUUCCUGUCUCCUGGAUGAGUUCAGUUAAUGGGGCACAGAUGUACUGGCUCAGAAGCAAAACAGCCAUAAAUUCCAACUUCUCAACUGGUGCUAACUUUUCAAAUUGGCUGCUACUCAACGUCAAUGUCACAGGCUAUUUCCGGGUGAACUAUGACCAGGAGAACUGGGACCGGCUCAUGGCGCAGCUGGACAUCAGCCACCAGGCUCUCCCUGUUCUAAACCGUGCUCAGCUGAUUGACGACUCCUUUAACCUGGCCAGAGCGAAGCACAUCAGCACAGUGCUGGCCCUGAACACCACCCGCUACCUGGCCAAGGAGAGAGACUACCUGCCGUGGACCGCCGCCACCAGCAACCUGGGCUACUUCAAAAUCAUGUUUGAUCGCAGCGAAGUCUAUGGGCCCAUGAAGACCUACGUCCAGAAGCAGGUCACCCCGCUGUUCAGCUAUUUUAAGAACCUCACCAACAACUGGACCAAAACCCCAGAAGGGCUGAUGGAUCAGUACAAUGAGAUUCUGGCCAUCAAUACGGCCUGCUCGUAUGGCAUUGCCGAGUGCCAGGACCUGGCCACUGGGUUUUUCAAUCAGUGGAUGGCAAAUCCCAGCGUGAACCCGAUCCCCCCCAACCUGCGCUCUGUCAUCUACUGCAGUGCCAUCAGCACAGGUGGGGUGGAGGCCUGGGACUUUGCUUGGGAGAUAUUCCUGAGGACCACCGUGGCAUCUGAGGCUGACAAGCUCCGUGGGGCCCUGGCUUGCAGCCAAGAGCCCUGGAUCCUCCAGAGAUACCUUCAGUACACACUGGACCCCACCAAGAUCCGCCGGCAGGAUGCCACGUCCACCAUCAACAGCAUUGCCCGCAAUGUGAUUGGGCAGAGUCUGGUGUGGGAUUUUGUGCGUGCCAACUGGAAGACUCUCUUCACCCAGUAUGGCGGAGGCUCCUUCUCCUUCUCUGGGCUCAUCCUGACAGUGACGGAGAGAUUCGCUUCUGAAUAUGAGCUCCAACAGCUGCAGCAGUUCAAGGCGGACAAUGCCGACGUGGGAUUUGGCUCCGGCACCCGGGCCCUUGAGCAAGCACUGGAGAAGACCAAGGCCAACAUCAAUUGGGUGGCAGAGAACAAGGCGCCCGUGCUGGAGUGGUUUAAGGCGGAGACCCUGUAGAGUGGACCGUCCUGUCGUGGGGAGGGAGAGGGGCACUGCGAAGGGAGAGAGGGAGGGAGGGCGUGUCUUGGUGCACACCUCCUCCCCAGGCGCUGUCUCCCGCACCUCUUCUCCCCCAGUGGCCCUGCAGGGUUCAGCGACCUCACCUGGGCCUCGUUCUUGUCCCACCCCCUGGCCAGCUCCUGGUGAUGCUUCGCAGCCUCUCCCUUGUCUGCACAUGUUCCUAGGAUGCUGUGUGGCGCAGGGCGCUGGGGCCUGGGACAAGAUGCCCCCUGCCCUGCCUCUCCAUUGGGCUCUCAUGAUGCACUGCACUGCGGAGGGGCUACUCUUGUUCUGCUUGUUUCAGUUACUAUCUCAGGGGUCCUGGAAGGAGGGAAGGGUGGGAAUGUAACACACGACACACCCUCCACACACGCUAUUGUGAGAUCCUCCCCCAUCCAGGAAGUUUUGUAUACUUUUGUAACCCCAAUUUCAUAAAGUCCCUUGAAAUGUA